AUGUUUAGGAUCACCCAUGUCACAUAUAUUAAUCGUUUUCGUAUAUUAAGCAACAGCUCGACAUCACGGAAUGUAUUGGCAUUGGCUACAGCAGGUGUUCUGGGUGUAUUGGGUGGCAACAUCACGUCUCAAUUGGAAUUAGCGACAGCUUUUUCGGACGCAGACAAAAAGGAGUGUCAAGUAUCUAACAAAAGUGAAUGGUAUCCCAAUACAACCACUAAACACUGGCAUUUCUAUAAGGGAAAAUUGAAUCCAAGUGCUGCCAAGUCCAUGAAGCUCUUUAAAGUGGCUGACACACCUAUUGCUGACGAGAUUGCGAGCUAUUUGGGUGUUAAACUCAAUGACAUGGAAGUCAAGAAAUUUAAUGAUGGAGAAACUAGUGUUCUCGUCAAGGAGAACGUGCGUGGUAAGCGCGUCUACAUUGUCAGCUCUACGAUAACAGUAGAUCGGUUGAUGGAGCUACUGCUAGCAAUCUCGGCCAUGCGUCGUGCUUCAGCCAAAAGCAUCACAGCUGUGAUCCCGUUCUACGGUUACGCGCGAAUGGAUCUGAUGCACAAGGGCCGUGAGCCAAUUGCUGCUGCUGAUAUUGCACUCAUGCUCGAAACAAUGGGCGUGGACCAUGUUGUGUCAGUGGAUCUCCACAGUGCGCAGAUAGAGGGUUUCUUUAAGCCGCAAGUUCCGGUUGACAACCUCCAGGCCUUUCCCGUUGGCGCCGUGUACUUUUCGGAGCAGAAUCUGGGCGAUCCAAUCGUUGUGGCGCCGCACUCGGCCGCUGUAAAUCGAGCGGUGAUGUUCCGUGACACUCUAUCGCGGACUAUUGACGAAUUUGUCCCCCUGGCAUUUGUAAUCCGUAAACACCAGCUUAAUGAGGAUCAGCCGGGUGAACUGGUGGGUGAUGUCAAGGGUAAGGAUUGUAUCGUUGUUGAUACUUUGGUGGACACCGGGUCUACUCUCGUCAAAACAGCCAAAGUACUGAAGGCUAAUGGUGCCAAGACCGUAUCAGCUUUUGCUGUGCACGCUCGUUACUCUGCUCAUGCCAUGGAGACGCUACAAAACUGCAAAGAAUUGGACAAGUUGGUGACUACCAAUACGAUUGCUCUACAUAAUAACUUGGAUGAAGUGUCGCCAAAGAUUGUGACGUUGUCGGUGGCCCCUUUUAUCGCUGAAGUCAUUUCGUGUAUUCACAUGAAGAGCUCCAUUAUUCAAGUGUCGAAGACAAAGUAG